AUGAAAUAAUAAAAGCUUAAAUAUGGAAGAAAUUAGAUAUUCUAAAGGUGUUUAAAAACGAUUGAGAAUUAUAGAUAAUAUUGUUCCUUGAUUGAAUCUUUGAUAAUGUAAAAAUAUUGUUUUGAAUAAAAAUGGAUAAGUUUUUUGGAUUAAUACAAAAGAAAAAAAAAGAAUUAAAAUGAUUCAGAAAAGUUUAAAGAGUUAAAAUAAUAAAUUAAUUCUUCUAAAUAAAAAAAAUAGAAAUACGCUAGUAUAAUUUUUGAAACAAAUAAACAGUCUUUUAAAGACUAAAAAGUUCAGAAAGGCAAAAAUUAUAAUAUAUUUUAAGGUUAUGACUUAGGAAUAAUUAGAAAGGCAAAUCUAAACUUAAAAUCUUGUGGUUCGACCAGUAAUGAUAAAACAUUUUUAUCAUCCACUCCAAAACUGUAAUUGUAAUAAUUUGAUUUCAUCUUCAAUAGACUUUAAGGUUUUGAUAUGGCUAUUGUAAAAAGUUAGAUCAUUGAUGUUGAAUUAUGUAAAUAAAUUGAUAAGAGGCCAGGAUAUGAUCAUUUUUAUAAAGGUUACACUUAUAUUCAUAUAUAGGAAUUGAACUAUAAAAUAUGUCAAGAUAAAGAGAAGCUAUUGAGUAAUUUGAAGAAGCAAUUAAAAUUGAUCCUAAUAAUUCUUAUUUUUAUCAAAUAAAGGGUUAGUAAUAAAUUUACAAUUAGGUCUUGCUUUAUAAGAGAUGCAUGAUUUCGAAGCAGCUCUCAAACAGAUUGAUAUUGCUAUUAGUCUUAAACCUGAUGAAUCAAGAUAUUAUGCCAAUAAAGGUUGAAUUUUUUUCAUCUUUUUAAUAGCUCUUAUGUUACUUAUGGAUUCUAAAUUUGAAGAUGCAAUUAAAUUCUGCGAUAUUUCUAUUUAAAAAAACAAUAGAUGUUCUAUGAGUUAUAAAGUUAAAGGUGAAAAAUAUAAAUAAUUUUUUAGGUUAAUCGUUAUUGUUAUGUGAUCGGUUGCAGGAAGCUUUAGAAUGUUUUGAUUCAUAAAUCAAGACUGCUUAUUAGGAAUAUGAAGAAUUAGAAAAAUAAAGCAAAAUUUAAUUUAAUUUAUUAGGUUAAACUUUACAUUCGCACAAUCAUUUUGAAUGCUCUCAGUAAAUUAUGGAUCUAGCAAGGAGAUACCUUAAAUCUAAUCUCAAUGAUGCAUAUAACUUAAAAGGUUGAAUUUAUAUUUAAUCAGGACUGGCUUUAAUGAAAAUGAGUAAAUUCUAAGAAGCUUUAGAUAAUUUUAAUACUGCUUUAUAGAUAUUUGAUGAUAAUCAAAUAAACCAUUUGAAUAGAGGUUAAUUAUAAAUUUAAUUUAAGCAACAUUAUUAUUAUAAUAAGGCUUUUCUGAAGAAGCCAUCAAAUCAAUAGAUUCUGCUAUUCAAUUAAACCCAAAUUUUUCAGAUUAUUAUAAUUUAAAAGGUUAAAUAUUUUAUUAUUUUAUUAAAGCAAUGGCUUUACUAUCUCUGGGUAACCAACAAGAAGCCUUACAAAAUAUUGAUAUGGCAAUAAAAAUUAACCCUGAAAGAUUUGAAUAUUUUGUUAAUAAAUGUAAGUAAUUUACAAUUAAUUAGCAACAAUUCUACUCUAAAUGUAAAGGUUGUAAGAAUCUCUAUAUUAGAGUGAUUAAGUAAUUUAAAUGAAUCCUCAAUUCAGCCUUGCCUAUUAAAUGAAAGGUUAUUUGAUUAAUCCUAUAUUAGCCUGCUCUCUAAUAAUGAUGAAUCGAUAUUAAGAUGCUUUAGAUGUUCUAAAAAUCGCUAUUUAACAAAAUCCAGAAGAUUUUAUGAUUCAUAAUAAUAUAGGUUUAUAUUCAAAUCUAUUUUUUAGCUAAUGUCUUACUGGCAUUGAAUCGUUUUAAAGAAGCUUUACUAUUUAUAGAUUCAGCUAUUCAAAUCAAUCCAGAAUCAGCUUUUCUUUAUCGUAAUAAAGGUAUUGCUUCUCAGUAUUUUAAAAGCUUUAAUUUUAUUUAAGAUCAAUCGUUUAGAAGAAGCUUUAGAUUGUAUUAAUUAAUCCAUUAAAAUAAAUCGAUAAAUAAAUUAACUAGAUAACACAAAAGGUCAAAAUUUUUCAUAUUUGUAGCAAUGAUUUUANAGCUCUUAUGUUACUUAUGGAUUCUAAAUUUGAAGAUGCAAUUAAAUUCUGCGAUAUUUCUAUUUAAAAAAACAAUAGAUGUUCUAUGAGUUAUAAAGUUAAAGGUGAAAAAUAUAAAUAAUUUUUUAGGUUAAUCGUUAUUGUUAUGUGAUCGGUUGCAGGAAGCUUUAGAAUGUUUUGAUUCAUAAAUCAAGACUGCUUAUUAGGAAUAUGAAGAAUUAGAAAAAUAAAGCAAAAUUUAAUUUAAUUUAUUAGGUUAAACUUUACAUUCGCACAAUCAUUUUGAAUGCUCUCAGUAAAUUAUGGAUCUAGCAAGGAGAUACCUUAAAUCUAAUCUCAAUGAUGCAUAUAACUUAAAAGGUUGAAUUUAUAUUUAAUCAGGACUGGCUUUAAUGAAAAUGAGUAAAUUCUAAGAAGCUUUAGAUAAUUUUAAUACUGCUUUAUAGAUAUUUGAUGAUAAUCAAAUAAACCAUUUGAAUAGAGGUUAAUUAUAAAUUUAAUUUAAGCAACAUUAUUAUUAUAAUAAGGCUUUUCUGAAGAAGCCAUCAAAUCAAUAGAUUCUGCUAUUCAAUUAAACCCAAAUUUUUCAGAUUAUUAUAAUUUAAAAGGUUAAAUAUUUUAUUAUUUUAUUAAAGCAAUGGCUUUACUAUCUCUGGGUAACCAACAAGAAGCCUUACAAAAUAUUGAUAUGGCAAUAAAAAUUAACCCUGAAAGAUUUGAAUAUUUUGUUAAUAAAUGUAAGUAAUUUACAAUUAAUUAGCAACAAUUCUACUCUAAAUGUAAAGGUUGUAAGAAUCUCUAUAUUAGAGUGAUUAAGUAAUUUAAAUGAAUCCUCAAUUCAGCCUUGCCUAUUAAAUGAAAGGUUAUUUGAUUAAUCCUAUAUUAGCCUGCUCUCUAAUAAUGAUGAAUCGAUAUUAAGAUGCUUUAGAUGUUCUAAAAAUCGCUAUUUAACAAAAUCCAGAAGAUUUUAUGAUUCAUAAUAAUAUAGGUUUAUAUUCAAAUCUAUUUUUUAGCUAAUGUCUUACUGGCAUUGAAUCGUUUUAAAGAAGCUUUACUAUUUAUAGAUUCAGCUAUUCAAAUCAAUCCAGAAUCAGCUUUUCUUUAUCGUAAUAAAGGUAUUGCUUCUCAGUAUUUUAAAAGCUUUAAUUUUAUUUAAGAUCAAUCGUUUAGAAGAAGCUUUAGAUUGUAUUAAUUAAUCCAUUAAAAUAAAUCGAUAAAUAAAUUAACUAGAUAACACAAAAGGUCAAAAUUUUUCAUAUUUGUAGCAAUGAUUUUAGGAGAAAUGGGCAAUUAUUACGGAGCUUGCUAAGAAAUUAAAUAGAAUUCAGAAAGUGUUGAAAAUUUCCAACUUUUAGGUAAGAUUUUAAAAAUGAAUUAGUCAUGUUUUUACUUUAAUAAAAGAAGUAUCAAGAAGCACUUGAUAUUUUAGACUAAGCUAUUUAAAUGAAUCCAUUUAAUUAUACUAACUUUUUAUUAAAAGGUGAAUAAUAAUAAAUUAUUCAGGAAUUGUAUUAUUAUUCCUACAAGAGGGAAAUGAAGCCUUAAACUAAAUAGAAAUAGCAAUAUAAUUAAAUCCUGAAAAUAAUUUUUUAUUUUAAAAUAAAGGUUAAUUAAGAUAUUAAUUUAGUCACUAUUUUAUAAUUUUUGCAUCGUAAUUAAGAAGCAUUAGACCUUUUAAAUAUUUUAAUUUAGAAUAAUCAUAGAAAUUUUUUAACAUAUUACUAAAGAGGUAAAAAAUAAAUUUAAAAUAAAAGCUUAAACUCUAUUUUUAAUGAAUUCUUACAAUGAAGCACUACGAGAUUUGGAUACUGCUAUUGAAUUAAAUCCUAAUUUUUAUUAGCUUUUUUGUUUAAAAGGUUCAGUAAUAAUUUAAUUUAAAAGCAUAUAUUCUAAUAUUUUAAAAUCAUUUAUAAGUUGCUUUAGAAACAUGUGAUUUAGCAAUAUCCACAAAUCCUGAAAGAUAUGAAGGAUAUUGUAUGAAAGGUUAAAAAAAUUUAUAAAUUUAUUAGCUUGUGUUUUAAAUUUAAUGAAACAGUUUUAAGAAGCACUUAAGUAUUGUGAUUAUGGAAUUUAAUUAAAUCCUACUAUUUGGAUACCAUAGCAAAUAAAAGGCACUUAUUAUAUCAUCAUUAUUUAAUAGCUCACAUUCUAUUUAAUUCGAAAAAUUAUUAAGAAGCUUUGAAAUUUAUCAAUAAUUCUAUUCAAAAUAAUCCUGAAGAGUUAACAAAUUUUAUA